AUGAUCAGCAUGCAAAACAGUGGUUUCCUCUCCUCGGCUUUCGCUGCUGCGAUUUGUGGUAACGGUUAUUCUUCUGGUGAAGAGGACAUCAAGCCACAGAUGCCUCAAUUCAAUCAUCCAAUAAAUGACUUUGAGCAAUUUUUGAGGACGUAUGAUCACGCCACAACCAUGAAGAAUAAUUAUUCAAGUAAUUACUAUGGACAUUCCUUGUGCGUGGGAGCAAGAAGUGAUCUGAAAACUAAAAAUAUGAAUUAUGGAUUUGGAGGAGAACCAUCGAAGAGGUCCAGGACAGCCUAUACGAAUACUCAGUUGGUUGAACUCGAAAAGGAAUUCCACUUCAACAAGUAUGUCUGUAAACCCAGACGACUGGAGCUGGCAGAAAUGCUAAACCUCACGGAGCGACAAAUAAAAAUAUGGUUCCAGAAUCGCCGAAUGCGAGAAAAGAGAGAUUCAAAAGACAAAUAUUGUAAAAAAUCGGAAAACAAAUCGCCGAGUCCUCAAGUAGCAGACGGUUCUUGUUCUAAACCAACUUCUCCGAAGUUCGGAACCACGGCUUUGAGUAGUCCAACAACCUGUCAAUUACCACGCCCAAGCUGGCACUGCAAACCUGGAUCAUAUGAACCCAACAAUGCCAGAUUCCAGCAAAUGCAAGUACCUUGUACGAAUAAAAUUCCCGCUUCUUUCACUCAUGCCCCACCAUGCUCAGCGCUGCAGCGUUCAGCAACCUAUAGUCACCAUGACCACGUGUCUUCACAGGUUCCUUAUACACAUUCCGAUUCCAGGUUUCUCGCAAUGACGCAAAAUUCUUAUCCAAACUAUUACCAGCCAAAUUCCUACCAUCAAGCAUACAAUGCUCAUUACGGUUACAGCAAUUGUAGUGAGAAGCAUGCGAGCAAUUAUGUGCAAUGUCAGCAAAAUAGUGGUAUGACCGCCGGCAGUUCCUGCUACAAGACAAAACCAAUUGAUUACUCACUGAACUACCAACAGCAAAGUAACAGUUGCCUUAUUCAAUCUCAGAAUAGUUCUACAGCGCUGAACUAUUCGACUCUGAACAAUGAUGGUUAUUAUCAGCAUCAGCCACAAAAUCAAGUUGCUCAAAAUCAACACAAUCAUUCAAGUCCAAUGUGGUCAAACCAAACUACACAGAAUUAUUCCCCUGAUUGGAGUUGCUUUUCUGAUGAACAAGGUGAUGAAAAAAGCGAAUCUUCAUCAACUUCACCAAAUUUAGCCGACCUUUGCAAAGAAUAG